UACAACGUUUGGAAACGUUUCUUCCUGAAAAACUUUGUUGUAGUUAUAAUCUUUAUCAUAUCUCGGCUAAAAGAUGGCAUCCUUGUUAAACAAACCAAAGUCAGAAAUGACUCCAGAGGAGCUUGCACAGAGAGAACAAGAAGAAUUCAAUACUGGUCCUUUAUCUGUGCUGACACAAUCGGUUAAAAACAAUACACAAGUCUUAAUCAAUUGCCGUAACAAUAGGAAACUCCUYGCAAGAGUAAAAGCAUUUGACAGGCAUUGUAAUAUGGUCCUGGAGAAUGUACGAGAGAUGUGGACRGAGACACCAAGAUCUGGUAAAGGUAAAAAGAAGGCAAAGCCYGUGAACAAAGACAGAUACAUUGCAAAGAUGUUUUUACGAGGAGACUCUGUUAUUCUUGUGCUAAGGAACCCAAUGUCAUCUACAAAGUAGACAUAAUUACCUCCCUGAAGCCAGCUACAACAAAUUUUGCUUGUUUCUCACUGACUGUCUAACAGAGCAAAGACUAAGUACUAAGUGAAAAGUGGAGAAACUMWUUUGAUUGUAAGGACCAAAACAAUCACUAAAAACRGCAAUACACCWUGGGGCUGAAAGGGUUAAAGAUGUUUGGAUGCUGAAUGUUAGCUGUUAUAGUAUUGACAGAGGGAUUUUCCAAAUCAUGRUGUAAAAUAACWCRGCAAAAACUGAAAUUUCAGAUCACAGUUCUGUUYCAAAGAACUAUAGUUAUGGMAGACUUCCUUUUUCCUGUAAAUAAUACAAAUAUGUUYCAUUUUGCUCUGAAGACUGUGAAUGUCCACAAUGUAUGUAAUGUUCAUAAAAUAAAAUCCACAUUUGUAUUUCAAUACUCAGAA